AUGGAACAGAUCAUCGCAGCACGAAUUCGAGAUGUCAUUGAAACCAAACUGACCCCUCAACAAUCUGGAUUUAGACCUGGCCACUCGACGUUAGAUCAACUAUUGCAUCUACGCGCAGCCCUCACGAGACCCACCAUUGAUUCGCGUAAAGGUGCAGUAUUCGUAGGCUACGCCAAAGCUUUCGAUACUGUAGACCAUGAUCGAAUAGUUAGCGCGAUGCGAGAGAUGGAUAUCCCACCGCACAUCAUUCGAUGGUCUGCAUCUUUCCUGAAAGGACGUCAAGCCAAAGUACGAGUAAACAGUAAAUCCUCUCCUUUAAUGCAUUUCAACCGUGGCGUACCACAAGGAACAGUUCUCGGCCCACUCACGUUCAUUAUGGCACUGAACACCCUAAUCAAACGAUUAUCCCAAGUUCCCUUAUUAUUUCAUGGAUUUUUCGCCGAUGAUCCCACACUAGCAGUAAGACACAUCAACAGAGACAUCAUAAACACUACACUGCAACAAGGACUAAACGUAGUGGACGAAUGGUCCAAAAACUAUUUUAUGGAAGUCAACGUGGACUAG